CCCAGCAGACCUUGAGCUGUCUUCCUUUUCCUUCAAAAACAACACAUAUGACAAAAACAUCUGAGUGCAUGGUGUAACUUCUGGUCUGGUAUCUCUCUGGGAAAGGUUCACACUGUUGGUCAUGAUGAGGGGGCUGCUCGCACUCACCGCGCUGUUUGUGGCCGUUCUCGGCAAGGAGACUUUUGAGGGGCAGCAGGUGCUUCGCAUCGUUGCAAAGGAUGAAGCCCAGCUGGCUCUUAUCAAGGACCUGGAGGACAUGAUCCAUUUUGAUCUGGACAUCUGGAGGGGAGUGACCGAUGUUGACACUCCAGUGGACAUCAGAGUUCCUUUCGAGAGCCUGCAGUCCGUCAAGAUUUACCUGGAGUCUCAGGAAAUUGAUUACUCCGUCAUGAUUAAGGAUCUGCAGGCUUUGUUGGAUGUGGAGAAGGAGCAGAUGGAGUCUGCUGCUCGUGACGCUCAGCCAAGAAACACUGACAGCUUUGACUACUCCAGGUACCACACCAUUGAUGAGAUCUACAGUUUCCAGGACAUGCUGGUGGCUGAGAACCCCAACCUUGUCAGCAAGAUCGUGAUUGGUCAGAGCUACCAGGGCCGUCCCCUGAAUGUGCUCAAGUUCAGCACCGGAGGAUCUAACCGCCCCGCCAUCUGGCUCGACACUGGAAUCCACUCCAGAGAGUGGGUCACCCAGGCCAGCGGUACCUGGUUCGCCAAGAAGAUUGUGACUGCCUAUGGAACUGACCCUGCUCUCACUGCCAUCCUCAACAACAUGGACAUCUUCCUGGAGAUCGUGACCAACCCUGAUGGUUUUUACUACACCCACAACGGCAACCGUAUGUGGCGUAAGACCAGGAAGCCCAACCCCGGAUCUAGCUGUGUGGGAGUUGACCCCAACAGGAACUGGGAUGCUGGCUUUGGAGCACCUGGUGCCAGUAACAACCCCUGCUCAGAGACCUACCGUGGACCCAGAGCUCACUCUGAGUCCGAGGUCAAGUCCAUUGUGGACUUUGUGAAGUCCCACGGGAACAUCAAGGCCUUCGUCUCCAUCCAUGCCUACUCCCAGAUGCUCCUGUACCCCUACGGCUACACCAGGACUCCCGCCAAGGACCAGGCUGAGCUGCACAACCUGGCCAAGACGGCUAUCACUGACCUGGCCACUCUGUACGGUACUCGCUACAGAUACGGCAGCAUCAUCAACACCAUCUACCAGGCUAGUGGCAGCACCGUCGACUGGACCUACGAUGAGGGCAUCAAGUACUCCUACACCUUCGAGCUGAGGGAUACCGGUCGCUAUGGAUUCAUCCUGCCAGCCAAUCAGAUCAUCCCCACCGCCACAGAGACCUGGCUGGCUCUGAUGGCCAUCAUGGACCACACCUUCAAGAACCCCUACUAAUCUGUGUGUGUAAGAAUAAAAGGAAUGACACCUCCAAACUAUUUCUUUCAAACUAACAUCACCUUCAUCAUCAUCAUCAUGACUUAUUGGAUGUAUUAGACCACAAACAGACAAAUAAAAGAACACACUGGAGAACAGUU